AUGGCUCCGCCACGUAAAAACAGGUAUGCGGGUGUAGCCUAUGAGCAAGGCGCGAAUGUUCCUGCGAAUGCUGGACCUCCUGGUGCGCCGGCUGGACUUCCCCCUCAAGGGCCUCAAGGAGACUUCCAAGCUCAAUAUGGCUUUCCAAGUGCACAAUCGCCCUCCUAUGGCGCACCUCAAUACCCCGUGGCUCCACAAGAUCCGAACGCGCUGGGCCAGCAGUUCCAAGGCAUGAGCUUAGGAGGUCAGCCGCAACAACUUCCACCUCAAGUUCCGCAGCAAGUCCAGCAAAACCAGCUCCUACCCUCAGACUUGAUCGCAGCUUUACAAUGCAAGGUCCCGAAGGCGUUUCUAAUCAAGUUCCAGCCGAUCCCACUCCCUGCGAAUCUCGCUGCAACCCCGUCUCCGCAUGCCAACUGUCCUGCGCCGUACAUUCGCUCGACGCUCGCAAGCGUACCAACGACCCACAGCCUCCUGAAGAAAUCGAAGCUGCCUUUCUCUCUGAUUGUGCAGCCGUACACGUCCCUUCACGAAGAUGAGGCACCGAUCCCCGUAAUUGAUGACCAGGUAGGAGACUUGCCUAGAAUGUUAAGCCGGCUGUCGAGGGAAGAGAAUUAA